AUGUCUCAGGAGUGGCCGCCCGCCCCGCCGGGGAACCUUAACGAGCUGCCCGACCAGUCCCCGCUGGUGGGAGCCGCCGUGACCGAGCUGCGGCGCCGAGCCGAGGCUGACCGCAGCCAGCACUGGCCGCUCACUCUCACCGACUCCUUCCUGCUUAGGUUCCUGCGAGCCCGAGACUUCGACCUGGCCCUGGCUUGGAAGUUAUUGAAGAACUAUCACAAGUGGAGAGCUGAGUGCCCAGAAUUAAGUGCAAAUUUACAGCCUUCCUCUAUUCUCAAUCUCCUGCAUGCUGGUUACCAUGGAGUCCUGAGAUCAAGGGACCCAGGUGGCAGCAAAGUUCUUAUUUAUAGAAUUGGACAAUGGGAUCCAAAGAUGUUUACAGCAUAUGAUGUGUUUCGUGUAAGUCUUAUCACAUCAGAGCUUAUUGUAAAAGAGAGAGAGACACAACAGAAUGGAGUCAAGGCUAUUUUUGAUCUUCAAGGGUGGCGAUUUGCUCAUGCAUUUCAAAUCAGUCCAACAGUGGCCAAGAGGAUUGCUGCCGUGCUCACAGAUUCCUUUCCACUAAAAGUUCGUGGCAUCCACUUGAUUAAUGAGCCUUUAUUCUUCCACCCGGUCUUCGCUCUAAUUAAGCCCUUUCUCACUGACAAAAUAAAGGAACGGGUGUAUAUGCAUGGGAGUAAUUACAUACAGAGUCUGACGCAACACUUCCCAGCCAGCAUUCUCCCACAGGAAUAUGGUGGGGAGGAUGUCUCCAUUGAAGACCUUUCCCAAGAGUGGACUGACUUCAUAAUGGAAUCUGCAGAUUACCUUCAGAGUAUUUCUCUGGUUUUCCAGUGA